CGCGUGAAGUCGAGCACUCGUGUUGUCUCUGAGUAAACGCAGUUGGCAAAUGUAAAAAGUACCAUAAUCAUUAUUUUUUAAUAGUAUUUUGUUUUACAUAAUGGUUAAACAAACUAUUGAAGUCUUCGCCCGCGUAAAACCGACAAAGAAACCCACCACGGUGUACUCUGUGGACUGUGAGGAUCAAGGUGACAGUUUGGAGUUUGUAGUCCCCAGAGACUUGGCAGAUGGUUUUGUCAACAACAAGAAGGAAAACUACAAAUUUAGGUUCCAGAAAGUUUUCGAAAGAACAGUCAAUCAAGAGGAAAUAUUUGAGUCUAUUGCGAAGCCUGUUGCUGAGAAUGUGCUGUCAGGUUACAAUGGCACCAUCUUCGCCUAUGGCCAAACAGGAAGUGGGAAGACCUUUACUAUCACAGGAGGUGCAGAGCGCUUCAGUGAUCGAGGGAUCAUCCCUAGAACUCUCACGUACCUGUAUCAGCAUAUUAGCAAGGGGAGGAAACCGGAGUACCCGGAGGAAACCCCAGAGGCACGGGGAGAACAUGCAAACUCCACACACACACACAAGUCUGAAGCGGGAAUCGAACCCCAAACCCUGGAGAACUGCAACAUGGUCUAUACAACCCACAUAUCCUACCUGGAAAUCUACAAUGAGGCUGGCUAUGAUCUAUUGAAUCCCCAACAUGAAGCUUCUCGUCUGGAGGACUUACCGAGGGUAACCAUCAUGGAAGACUCAGACCAGAAUAUUCAUCUCAAGAACCUGUCAUUACAGCAAUCCGCUAAUGAAGAGGAGGCAUUGGAUUUGCUUUUUUUGGGGGACACUAAUCGUAUGAUUGCAGAGACUCCUAUGAACCAGGCCUCCACACGCUCUCACUGCAUCUUUACCAUUCACCUGUGCAGCAGGGAGCCAGGUUCAGCCACAGUGCGACGCUCCAAGCUUCAUCUGGUAGAUCUAGCUGGGUCAGAAAGAGUCGGAAAAACGGGUGUGGGGGGACAGAUUCUAACAGAAGCCAAAUACAUUAACCUGUCACUGCACUAUUUGGAGCAGGUCAUCAUAGCUUUGUCUGAGAAGAAUCGCUCCCACAUCCCUUACCGCAACUCCAUGAUGACCUCUGUGCUCAGGGACAGUUUGGGCGGCAACUGCAUGACCACCAUGAUAGCUACUGUGUCUGUGGAGAGGAGGAACGUUGAUGAGUCUAUAUCCACUUGUCGGUUUGCUCAAAGAGUGGCGUUGAUUAAAAAUGAUGCUUUGCUCAAUGAAGAAUUGGACCCUGCAGUGUUGAUUGUUCGAUUGAAGAAAGAGAUUCAGUCUUUGAAGGAAGAGCUUGCCCUGGUGACUGGAGAGCAACGAAGUGAUGAGCUUACUCAAGAGGAAAUCCAGAAGGUGGAGGACAACAUAAGGAUGUUUAUGGAAGACCCUGAUUCCGAGGCAACUUUAGACGUGGGACCUGAUAUGAGGAAAAUCAACCUUUGUUUCUCGUUGCUUAAGGCAAGAUUACAAGAUAGACCCAUUGAUCAAAAUAGGGCAGAUGAUGGCAGCAGUACUCCUUUCACAGGCUUGUCUGAUGAGGAAGACAGUCAAUCACAUGUCAAGAAACUGAGAGACAUGUUAAUCCAGCGUGAUAAUGAGAUUAGUAUAUUAGUGAGCAUGCUAAAGAGGGAAAAGAGAAAACUUCAAGAUGUCACUUCUGAGCUAAAACAGCUUCACAAUCAAAACAAUUCAUCAUUAUCAUUCUUAACCCCGGAGGCUGAGGAGACUACACAAAAUGACACCCAUAAGGAUUACACACGUGCUCAGCAUUUGUUGACCAGAAAAAGAGUGCCAGAUAUGUCUGUGGGUCAACAGGAGGCAUUUGAAGUCUUUUUGGGAGACCAUGAAGACCAUUUAACAAUUGAAGACAACAAGACUGUGCUGAAACAAAGGUUUGCAGAAGCCAAGGCACUUGGUGAGCAAGUCAACCAGAUCAGGAUCCGAGUCAAUGAGCUGAAAACGGAGUUGAAAAUGAGACGAAUGCAGGUGGCAGCCCAAGGUGUAACCGGCAACCGAACAGAAUCAGAUUCAGACCUUGUGGAGGAAAGAAUCCUUAAUCAGAUAGAGGAAGAAAAGAAAAGAUACAAAAUCACAUUUGGACGUCUAAAAGGCCUGAAAACUGAGAUUGAACAUUUAGAGCUAUUACGUGAAAAGUCAAAAGUUAAACUUCAAAGGGAUUUCGAGUAUUGGUGGAGCCAGCAGGCCACGAGCCAACAGGCUCAUACUGCAGAGGACAAAGUAACCGGUCAAAAUCAAACCAGCUGCAUGUUAACCUGGAACGUGGUGUCAGCCUUCCCUGACCCUGAAACCAACAAACCCAUUUCUAUGCCCACGAGAGAAUUAAGAGCAUCACCUUCAGCAGACCUCACAUCUACCUCCAUACCUCUAACUGGAGACAAACAGACUGAUGCAGAUAUACUUUCCUUUGUCAGAGCCAGACACAAACUGCUCAACCGGACAGAAAAAUUCUAAAUAGGAAGACUUACUCAGAGGAGGAUUUACCAGUGUGGCUUUACGUUACAGCACUCUAUUUAAAAUGUAAUUUAAAUGGGAAGCUGAAUUGCAGUGUGAUGCAGUCACAUAGCAACCAAAUAAAUCACAGGUGAAGGACUCGUGUCCCCUGAGCAAAUGUUUUUACAAGACAUUGUAAAGUACUAACCUGUACAAAUGUCUGUCACCCUGCCAAACCUGAUAUAAUCUUAUUGACAGAGCGAUUAAAUCAUUUUUUCUGCCUUUCUGAUUUAUUGACAGACCUAUAAGUUUUAUCGUGAAGUAAUAUCACUGUUUUCCAUUGAUUGACUGCUUUGUUUUUGUUCCAUUUUGAAGUAUGACAGAUGUUUUGGUUAUGGCCAUUUAAUCUUGUUGAAAUGUAUUUGAUAACUUUAGAGUAAAUACCUGUUUUUUGUUAUCCUGAUUUCGGACAUUGUGUAAAAAACAGAACUUUUGCUUCCGGUUGCGUUUAAUGCUAUAAACGGUUCAUGUCUAACAAAAAGCUUUUAAAUAGUGAAUCAAUUCUAACACUGGAAUAUUUUUGAUUACAUCUGAGAAAUGCAAUACACAUACUUUCUUUUACUACUUUUACUAUCCAUAUUUGACAAUUUUCAUGCUAAGACAAAGGAGCUUGUCAUUUUGUUUCAUGAUGCAGUGCUUUGCAUGGCUCUGAAUAGAUUUGUUUGCACAAUAAGGUUUAGAGCAUCCAUUUGCAUAAGGGAGCAGCACUUUCUUUCAUCAGAUUGAACAAACAUAAAUAUUCA